ACCAGAAGUACCUAGGAGGAAAGCCACCUUCUCCUCAAUUUGGUUGGAGAUGGUGGCUUGGAAAUGGACUUGCUAGAGGGCCUUGAGUCCCUGCGGUUUGAGUAUGGGAUUCGAGAGGAAGACCGCAGCUGGCUGUAUUUGCACGGCCGUUCUCGAGGGCUGAUGAUCAAGGCCUGUGCCCAUGCAACCUUCUUCUGCAAGCUACUCUAUAAUUUGAGAGAAUCAUUACGUAAGAAGCACACUUCCAGGUGUGUCUUGACUGGAUUGCUUGAUGACACUCCCGACGAUAAUGAUGAGUUAAAGGUGGGCAUCAUUGGAGGUGGCCACCUUGGGAAGCAGCUGGCCCGUGCACUGCUUCAGCUUGUCCCCAUCCCUGCUGAGAACCUGCGGAUCUCCACUCGGAGGCCAGAGGCCCUGGAUGAGUUCCAGAAACUGGGAAUCCAGUGCUUUUACCGUAACCAUUGUCUGGCGAGCUGGGCCAAUGUGAUAUUCCUCUGCUGCCUGCCAUCUCAGCUGCCUAAUAUCUGCCUAGAAAUUCAAAGGCACCUGCAAAAAGGUUGCAUUGUGUACAGCUUUGCAGCAGCUGUCCCAAUAGCCAGGUUGAAACUCCUGCUGAACAACACCAAUAUCUUGCGGCCUCAGUAUCACUGUGUUGAAGAUUUUGUCAACAUCUGGGGGGCCAAUAAGGAGAUCAUAGCUGCCCUCCAAGAUCCUGCGAUUCUUCAGGCUACCUGCCCCUACAGUCCUGCUGGGGGAAUAAUCCUCAAUAUCAAGUGGUUGGAGGGAGUGUUCUACGCCAUCCUAAAUUUCUGCACCACAAUGGACAUGCCCCACUUCCAAGUGCUGCAGCAUCUGAAUGAACUGUUCCUCUCUGUGCACCUUGAAGACUGUGAGAAGGAUGGAGCAUCUUGCCCCAAAUUUCAACUAGGUGAUUUUGUCAAUGAAAUCUAUACCAAGAUCCUACCUCAGGAAAGGCCUUUCCCCUGGUUUGAUCUGACUGUUGUGCAACUCAAGGAAACUCCCUUUAGUCAAAAACUCUCAACCAGUACGGGUCUCCAGGACCACCUUACCCGUCUUUACUGUGAUUCAUUCGGCAUCUCCCUAAGCAAGGAACAGCAGCCAGGGGUCUCCACAGGUUCGUCCUCCCGUUAAGAGAAGAGACCUCAGGAAUCUACAACUGCUGUACCUUGAUUAUCACAAUUCACAGUAGAAUCGUGUGACUGCAUCGUGUUUGCCACAUG